AGCGCGGCCGUCGGGAGCCUGGGGCGCACGCGCAGCAGCUUACCCCUCCGGUCCGCGCACGCAGGUUGCGCAGUGGCUGCCUCCGCCGCCGGCUCCGCCCCCCGCCCCACCUUCCCUCCCGCGGCCUGCUCUGUGUUGUCACUUGCUGAGCCUUGAGGAAGAGGCCGGGAGGAGGCGGAGCUGGAGCUGGGUUACGUCGGGCCGGCUGCUGUGGGGUCUUCACUUGAUUCAAAAUGAGUGUCCCUGAUUACAUGCAAUGUGCAGAAGAUCAUCAAACUCUGCUGGUUGUGGUUCAGCCAGUUGGGAUUGUUCCUGAAGAGAGCUUUUUCAAGAUCUACAAACAGAUCUCGACAGUGAGUCAGAUCAAUGUUCGUGAUUCUCAGCGUGUGCUUUAUAUCCGCUACAGACAUCAUUACCCACCGGAAAAUAAUGAAUGGGGAGAUUUUCAGACACACCGCAAAGUUGUAGGACUUGUAACCAUCACAGACUGUUCCUCUGCAAAGGACUGGCCUCAGACCUUUGAAAAGUUCCACUUGCAGAAGGAGAUAUACAGUUCAACACUUUAUGAUUCCCGGUUGUUUGUCUUUGGACUUCAAGGAGAGAUUGCUGAACAACCUCGUACAGAUGUAGCAUUUUAUCCUAGUUAUGAUGAAUGUGAAAACCUAGAGAAGAGAAUAGAGGAUUUUAUUGAAUCUCUCUUCAUUGUAUUAGAAUCUAAGCGUCUAGACAGAGCCACUGAUAAAUCUGGAGAUAAGAUCCCACUUCUGUGUGUUCCUUUUGAAAAGAAAGAUUUUGUAGGUCUGGAUACAGACAGUAGCCCUGUGAGUGUGUUUUUGGGUCUCAAAAGACAUUAUAAGAAGCGCUGCCAGGGUCGUAUGCGGAAGCAUGUUGGUGACCUGUGUUUACAAGCUGGGAUGUUACAAGAUUCCCUGGUACACUACCACAUGGCUGUGGAACUUCUCCGUUCUGUAAAUGAUUUUUUGUGGCUUGGAGGUGCUCUUGAAGGAUUAUGUUCAGCCUCUGUCAUCUAUCACUAUCCUGGAGGCACAGGAGGUAAAAUUGGUGCUCAGAGAGCACAAGGAAGUACUCUUCCUGCAGAAGCAGGCAAUAGACACAGACCAGGGGCACAAGAAGUUCUAAUUGACCCAGGUGCCCUCACUUCAAAUGGCAUUAAUGCAGAUACUAGUACUGAAAUAGGACGUGCUAAGAACUGUCUCAGCCCUGAAGACAUUAUAGAUAAAUAUAAAGAAGCCAUUUCCUACUACAGCAAGUACAAGAAUGCUGGCAUGAUUGAGCUGGAAGCAUGUGUGAAGGCAGUGAGAGUUCUGGCAAUACAGAAAAGAAACAUGGAAGCUUCUGAAUUCCUUCAAAAUGCUGUUUAUAUUAAUCUCCGUCAGCUUUCUGAAGAAGAAAAAAUUCAGCGCUACAGCAUUCUCUCUGAGCUUUAUGAGCGUAUUGGAUUCCAUCGCAAAUCAGCUUUUUUCAAGCGUGUGGCAGCAAUGCAGUGUGUAGCACCUAGCAUAACGGAGCCUGGGUGGAGAGCCUGCUAUAAACUUCUCCUAGAGACUCUUCCCGGUUAUAGUCUGUCUUUGGAUCCUAAGGACUUCAAUAAAGGAACUCAUCGUGGUUGGGCUGCUGUGCAGAUGCGUUUGCUUCAUGAGUUAGUGUAUGCAUCUCGAAGGAUGGGAAAUCCAGCACUUUCUGUCCGACAUUUGUCUUUUCUCUUACAAACGAUGCUGGAUUUUCUUUCUGAUCAAGAAAAGAAAGAUGUAACACAAAGUCUAGAAAACUAUACAUCGAAAUGUCCCGGGACAAUGGAAUUGAUCACACUUCCAGAUGGCUUGAAGCUUCCUCCUGUUCCAUUCACUAAACUUCCUAUUGUAAGAUCUGUCAAGCUCUUAAAUCUUCCUGUUAGCCUUCGACCACAGAAAAUGAAAAGCUUGCUGGGUCAGAACAUGUCAACUAAGAGCCCCUUUAUAUAUUCUCCUAUCAUUGCUCACAAUCGUGGAGAGGAGAGAAGUAAAAAAAUAGAUUUUCAGUGGGUCCAAGGAGAUGUUUGUGAAGUUCAGUUGAUGGUCUAUAACCCAAUGCCUUUUGAACUUCGUGUAGAAAAUAUGGGACUUCUGACAAGCGGAGUUGAAUUUGAAUCUCUCCCUGCGGCUCUCUCCCUGCCUGCAGAAUCGGGGCUUUAUCCAGUGACACUUGUUGGUGUUCCCCAGUCUGCAGGCCAGAUCACCAUCAAUGGUUAUCACACUUCAGUCUUUGGAGUCUUCAGUGAUUGCCUUCUGGAUAAACUACCAGGAAUAAAGACCAACGGCUGUACGGUGGAAGUCAUUCCAGCUUUACCUAGACUACAGAUUAGUACUUCAUUGCCAAGGUCUGCUCAUACACUACAGCCUUCCUCAGGAGAUGAAAUCACAACUAAUGUGUCUGUCCAUCUUUACAAUGGAGAGACCCAGCAACUCUUAAUUAAACUAGAAAACAUUGGAACAGAACCUUUGGAGAAGCUUGAGGUCACAUCAAAAAUGGUGAACACCAAAGGAAAGCUGUUUGGUGACUUUCUCAGCUGGAACCUAGAAGAUACAAUUGCCCAAUUUCCUCUGAAACCAGGAAAAAUUGCUACAUUUAUUGUGAAUAUUAAAGUAAAGCUUGACUUCUCAUGUCAGGAAAACCUUCUGCAAGACCUGAAUGAUGAUGGAAUCAGUGUGAGUGGUCUUCCUCUCUCUAGUCCUUUCCGACAAGUGAUAAAACCACGGGUCGAGAAUAAGCCUACAAAUCCAUCUGAGGCCACCAAAGUUGGUGAUUUCAGCCAUGUAAAGACACUGGAAGCUAUCUUGAAUUUCAAAUACUCUGGGGGUCCAGGACAUGUUGAUGGAUAUUACAGGAACUUGUCUCUGGGGCUUCAUGUGGAAGUGGAACCGUCUGUCUUCUUCACACGUGUCAGCACCCUGCCUGCUACAAGUACCCGCCAGUGCCAUCUACUUCUUGAUGUAUUCAACUCAACAGAACAUGAGCUCACAAUUAGUGCAAAGAACAAUGAAGACCUAGUCUUGCAUGCUGGAGAAUGCCAGCGCAUGGCUAUCCAAGUUGACAAGUUCAACUUUGAGAGCUACCCCGACUCCCCUGGUGAAAGAGCACAAUUUACAAACCCAAAGCAGCUGGAAGAAGAGAGACAGCAGGCAAGAGGUCUGGAGAUCAACAGCAAGUUAGAUAUUCUCUGGAAAAUUCCCUCUUUGAAGCGUGAAGGGGAAGCAAGUGUAGAAGGAGUUCUCAAUCAACUGGUCCUGGAGCACCUGCAAUUGGCUCCCCUCCAGUGGGAUGUGUUGGUGGAGGGAAAGCACUGUGACUGUGAUAUCAUAGCUGACUGCACAGUUGGAGACCCCGUAAGGCUGGAGGUGCAGCUCACCAAUUGGAGCAAACACAGUGUGGGCCCCUUCUCUCUCACGGUCAUCCCAUACCAAGAUUACCAAAAUGGCAUCCACAACGAUGAACUCCAAGAUGGUGUCACGUUUGUUGGAUCCAACACCUUUCAUAUUGAUACCGUGAAGCCAACAGAAAACUCGAUGUGCAUUGGAGCCCUCCUUUUCCUCUAUACAGGCGAUUUCUACUUGAACAUCAAAUUCCACGAAGACAACUCCAACAGAGAGCUUCCCCUCUCGUGGUUUUGCCUGCCCAGUGUCCAUAUCCGUGCUGUGGAACCUGUGAUCCAAACAAAAUUGUAAAUGUACUGUACAAUAUUGCAUUAGCCACCAUGUUCAGCAAGAUUGGGCAUGACCUCCACUUGACCUCAGUCUCUUGCUUUCCAAUCUGAGAUUUUCCAUUAUUCCUUAGAGGUGCUUUCAGAUAUUUCCCAGUUAGCUAUUAGCACUUUGAACACCUACCUUUGCUUAUUUGGGAAGAUGCAGAUGAGUAUACUGAGGAACAGGCUUUUCCUCACAUUUUCAAAUGGCUCACAGUUCAUUGCUUUCCUCUUGUUUUACUGUACUGCUUUCUAAGACAUGGGCUUCAAACUGAAUAGCAGCAAUACAGGUUAUCAUUGCACGUCUAACCCCAUUAAAUUUUAUCAAUAUACAAUAUGUCCCUGUUGGGUAGAAUUUCCAAAGCCAUUUUCUAGCUUCUGUUUAUUCUUUGGGGAUAUUCUAGCGUCUUUCAAACGUGUAGCAAAUGCAGGCUCAGAAUACAGGCUUCCCCUCUCUCCGCCUGCAGACCCGGCUUACGUUCAACUUUUAUCACAGUUGGGUUUUUUGUUGCUGGUCUGGAUUUAAUGUUAAUGUGACAAUUAGUAAUUUGAGUGAUUCAAGGAGAUAACAGGCUCCAGUUUACUGCACUGGCACCAAUGGUCGCCAUGGAGUGUCCGAAAUGGCACAGCAAAUGUUGCAACCCUCGGAUGGCAACCAUUGCCACUCUCAGGGUGAGUCAAAGUUUACAAAACAGUUGACACAAGAUUCAAAAUGAGCCUCUACAUGGUUGAGUGAAUCAGCAACGAGAUCCCAUAAGGCAUGUUUAAGGGCCAUUCAUAGUAAGGAAUAGGAGAUCUGUGGGCCUGUUUUCCUGUUCCUUUGCAAGGAAAGAACUUAGUAAGAAUCUCAAGCAUGGAGAUUCUCCCCCCCUUUAUUUCCUCUCUUGCCUUACCAGACAAAGAAUGCUAACAAGUGAACUGGUCUGUACUGGAUUUAUCUGGGCCCCAGAUUUUUCUGUCUGUGCACUCUCUCUCUCUCUCUGGAUUGAGACCUGGAAAUGGGUUGCAAGGUCAGGGAGAAUCCAAAAUACAGAUAAGCAUAGCCCAGCCCAGUACAUGUCUUCCUUUCCUGCGCAGGUAGUACGUUUUUUUAACAAGUUCUCCAGCAACCAACCCUCUGAUGAAGAUGUUUUUGUUUAGCAGAGAAAAUCUACCUAUGGCGAUUUCUUUGUAAUCUGAGUAGAUUUUGUGUUCAGUAUAUCCCACUGUAAACAGCUUCAUAUUACAACAGGCUAUUUUGUUGAGUGUAUUAAAAGGAAGUACCCUACCACAGAAUUUUCUCACAGAUAUUGUCUUUCAAUAGCAAUAUUUCAAGAGAUUGACAUGCAGUCCACACCAUCCACUCUUCAGCCUGCUUUUUCCUUCCUGCCUUUUCCUUUGAAUCACAUUUCUUAUAAAGUAUUUUUACAAAUAACCCACAAUCACAUUUCAGCUGCACAGCAUGCAGCUUGUUGGGAAUCCAAAGGUAAAUUCUUGCGGGCUUCACUGUAUUCUUAUUUGGGACUGAAUAAAUGCAGUGGGGAGCAUCAGAGAUGUUGAGCAGCGGCAUUUCAAGGACACGACAGGGGCAAGGGCAUCUCAGCUGUGGUCAUACCAGGUCAGGGGGGUGCAUGGAUAAUGCCACUCUUCCCACAGACACUUAAACAAUUUGUCUUGGCGCACAUUGGCACAUGAUGUGUCUUUUGGCUUGGUAUUAAUCUAUGGUUAUGUAGGGUAUUUAUAUUUUCCCUCUCCUCCCCCCCCCCAUACUCAAGGGAUAGUUCUGCCAGUCAUUACUGUUCUUGCAUUUAGCGGAAAGGAUAAGGGGAAAUGUUUAGCUACAUUUCUGCUAGAUUUUCCUAGUCAGUUGCACCAAUGUUUGAAGUCACUUUUGGCUUGAGGUGAACCACCCCCACCCCCCGCUGCCCCACAUGAACGUGUAAGUUGUGAACUGCCCCAUAGAGAUUGCCUCCUCCAGAAGAAGCCAGGAAACCAGUACUGGCACCACAUCCAUAUGGGCCCUUGGCCACAUGCUGUUGUGUACUCUGCCUCUCUCUCCCCCUCCCCACCCCACCCCAAGCAGUGUAGCAGGGCAGCCUUGCUUUCAGUGUGCAGAGAAAAAAUUAGAGCGCGUUGUUUUAUCUGCCGAUCCUGGUCAGUCAUCGGAAGGGCCAAUAACGUUUCCAGAUAGACCAAUGUUUUGGAAUCAUCUUUGCCAUUUCCCUUAUUAACUCCUGCAUUAAUUACUGCGGAAAUGGCGUGUGAUGGUUGGUCCUUAAGGGGCUCUGUGUGGAAAGUGUGUGUUCCCUCCACCUUGUGUUGCGGCUUUCCUGAAGCGUUUGCUCACUAAUAGAUAUGGCUCACCGCAAGGUGACCUUUGAAGUCCUGUUUCAUUAUAGAAAUGUAGCCUCUACCUUUCCCGUUGCUAACUUUAGUGAUUACUGUAUCUGCUCUGGCACUCCCCCAGUUUGCUUCCUUCCUUGCUUGCUUGCUUGCUUGCAUGCACCUGAGAGAGAGAGAGAGAGAGAGGAAAUUGAUUGAUCUGGUAUUUUUGGAAUGCAGAUGAUUGAUUGUGAAUUUCAUUUUCUUAUUAGGGCAUCAUUUCGCAGGCAUUUAUUCCAAAGGAAGCUCCUGUCGCUUCAUUUCUGGUUAAUUCUUGUGUCUUUGAUGCAUUAAGAGUCCCACUGAGGUUGUUGUCAGGAAUUGCAGGUGUUUCAGGGCAGGAUUGUGCGCUACCAACCCCUUCUCCUUUUUCUAGAAAUGACGUUUUUGUGUUUGCCUGUUUCCAAUUCAGUAUAAAACAGGCCAACUUUCACUGCUAAAACUUACUUCAAAAAAUCAAAAUAUUCCCUCGUUUGAAAGCUGCCUCAAGCUAAGAGCAAAAUUUGGUCUGUUGCAUGUAUAUGCUAGAGAAGUUAAAAUCACAUGUAGGUUGAGUUGCCAAAUAAAAUACUCAGAUGUUGUUGUUUCA